AUGGCAUCUCAAAACAGCUCUGAUAGAGGGCCUCGUCCUGGAGACGGCCUACAUCUCCGACCACUCAAUGUCGAAAAAGGAUCAAAGAGAUUCUCGGCAACAGAUUCCGGUCCUCCUCGGACGGCAACAUGGCGAAACAAUCUUACCGCAUUGUCUCAACGUCGUAACCUACUGUUUGUUGCGUACCGUCAUCAAAUCUACGUCUGGGAGCCUGCCGGCUCGUUUCAGAUGCUCGGCUCUGAACCCGAGAUGAUCAUAACUCCAGUAAUGAAAGAGAUCCAUGGCAGUGGCUACAUCUCACCAAACGCCCCGCAUGCUAUCAAUAAUAUCCUUGUGGAUGAUCUCGGUCGUGAGGAAGUCUUGCUGCUUGUCACUGAUUCCGGGAAUGUUUGUGGCUACCGCGUCGAGGCAAUCUUCUCGGCUCUAAAGCGGGCUGGGGAACGUAAAAAUAAGCGCCCGCUUGAUGACUCCCAAGUCGACCCGUUCUUUGUUGAAUAUGUGGAAGCCAGUGCCUGGGGACUGGCGAUACACAAAUUCGCGCGGCUCAUCGCUGUAAGCGCGAACACUGGGCUUGUCACUGUCUUUGCGUUUGCAUUAGUGAAUCCUACUUCUCAAGAUGACUGCAGUUCAAGUCAGCAGAUUGAGGAGGAGUAUGAUUUUACAGACUACGAUCAGACUUGGUUGGAUAUCAGGAGCAAUGAACAAUUUUCGCAGCUACAACGGCUGAUGCCAGACAAGCACCGCACAAGGAACAUCAAGCUUACGUACACAGGCCACUUCUCAAACAUACCAUCUGUCUCAUUCUAUAAUUCUGAUCUCGAUCCUAAUGGAACGUGGAUGGUCAGUACCGAUAUUGAUAACAAGCUCCUGGUUUGGAAGAUAUGGGAGAGCCUUGGCCCGUUCAACGUGUAUCACUUCAACGAAACUAGCUUCAGGUCCUUCCCUGAAAGCUUGCGUAACGACAGUGAAAGAGGUUGGACAGUCCUUGCUCUUGAUCCACGCAGUUUUCACCUAGCCAAAUCAACUGAAAAGGCAUGUGGUGGUCAGCCUGUGCGCCGGACGAAGCGUGGCCAGGCAUUUCUCAAUAUCACAAAACUGAGCAACCAUGUACCAGACGUAUCACAUGUUUACAGCUAUUUCCCACCUGCGUCUAGGCCUCAGCCUGAUCAGCCAACUUUGCCGGAUAUCUUCGGAGCAGAUUGCCGCAUCGACAACCGCACGCGCUUCCCUCGCUUUGCAAGCAAUUGCGGCGCCGAUUCUAUGGUCGAAGAUGGCCCGGCAAUGAAUGAAAGUCAGCACUCGAGCUACAGUACUUCUUCCGAAAGCAUGAGAUCAGCCCGACAAAGCAAUUGGCCUUCGGAAUUAGCCGACACUCUCAGCCACCGUGCAGUGGAUGGUUCUGCUCGCGAGGAUGAAAAUAGCGACAGUCGUAGCACUGGGAUGGAGUCCGGUAGAAACCAGCAAGCUACAGGACAGGAUGCCAAUGGCCUGCACGGUGACGAUGCUCUGGACCGAUUUGGCCAGGGGAUGGACGAAAUCCGCCGUCGGCACGGUCACGGUCCUCUCACAACCGCAGAAUUUCUUCAAUUUGCGCUUCUGGAGGCUUUGGGCGGAGAUAUCCCUGGAGCUGAAGAGUACUUUGAUGACGACCUGGAUUACUCCGAUAUUGAAGACGCCGAUAUUGAAGACGCCGAUAAUGUUGACGAUAGCGACGAUGAGAUGGAGGAUACUGAGGGCCAUUCUUCCGACAGCGAUGCUCUCUCUGCUGCAGAAGUAGCUUCAUACCCGAUUUCUGAUCAUAUCCGCCUGCUUCCUCACCCUCUAGCACCACACGCAAGUGUCAUGUGUGGUUCUCCGUUACGGCAAACAUUCACGCGGCCGAUUGUGUCCCUACGGGCGUGCGACCGCUUCAACAUGGUUAAGUACAUCCCCGAGCACGGUAUCGUGAUUGCGGCUUCUCAGAAAGGCCGUGCAGCGGUGAUAGCUCUUACGCAGUCCCAGCAGUCUGGGCUGUCUCUCAGAGUCGAUUGGAUCGUCCCGUUCGAGAGCCAAGAGAAAUUCGGCGACCGGCCCCUGGUCCCGCUGCUCGGCAUGGCCGUCAGCCCCAUGCAGGGGUUCGAGAUACCCUCCGAUGUACCAUAUAUCCCCCGCCACGGGGCCGACAGCACAGACGCAGUUUUCAGAUUCAGGAGUCUAAACCACGACCGCAGCAACAACACCACAUUCCCACACUCUAGCCGGGACGGAAAUCCAGGACACCCAUCUACCCACGAGAAACAGAGCCCGACAUUCCCCUUCGGCCCCGGCUUGAGACUCUCCGCCGCAGCACGCGAACGACAAUACCCGCUCACCUUGCCCGAGUGCCAUGCUAGGGCCACGCGCGCCUAUAAGCCCGACGAGCCCUGGCGCGGUUGGAACCCUUCGCGUCGCUAUCGCCUGCUGCUCAUGUACGAUGAUCAUAGCGUGAUGAGCUAUGAGUUCUGGUACGACUGGAACACGAGAGAAAGGGCCGGGGAAGAUGGGAUGGAGGAAGAUGAAAUUCUCAUCAUUUGA